AUGACAGCGGCAGCGGCGACUCCGCAGCUGCUGAGAGACCGGCUGCUGCAGGCCGUCGACGGUCAGAGCAAUCAGAUAUGCAAUAUGGUGGCAGUUAUGGAGGUGAUUACUCUUUUGGAGAAAUAUCCUAUCACCAAAGAGGCACUGGAGGAAACCCGCCUUGGCAAGCUGAUCAAUGAUGUAAGGAAGAAGACCAAGAAUGAGGACCUGGCCAAGAGGGCCAAGAAGCUCCUGAGAAACUGGCAGAAGUUGAUUGAACCGGGGCAGAAUGAGUUGUUGUCCAAGGGGCACAUGGGCACAUCAGGGUCAUCCAAUGGUGGUGCUCAUCCUUGCAGAGCUGACCUCUCUGCUCCAGCUGCCACCACACCAUCAGGUAAAACAGUUCCAGAGUUAAAGAACAGAAAUGAUUUUAACAACUGCUACUCACCCAGGGUGGAGACAACUGGCAACCGAAAACGAAAAGGCGAGCAGAAAGGACAGCACUUACCAGCCAAAAUAUCCAAAAUGACUGCCUAUGAUAAAACCCAAAACACCACGCGGCCGCCAACAAAUGGAAUCAGUGGUGGUCCUGACGUUUAUACCGAUGUGAUGGAUUCUCGGGUGCAUCAGCCUUCAGACAAGGAGAUUUCUGAGCAUCUGGACAAUGACAGGGUCAAUAAAAUCCCUGUCAACGCUGUGAAACCUCACCCAAGUUCCCCAGGAUACAGCAAACCCCCCAGCACUUCUUCGUUGCUGAAAACAUCCGUGUUGCAGCAGCAUGCCAGGCUGGAGCAGGCUUCCUCUGGAGGGCAGUAUCAGCCUAGAAGCCCUCGCUGCUCCUCACACAGUCCUCGAACUCCAAAAGCACCAAAAGGAUCAAGUCUUUCAAGCCCCGCCAGGAGUCCCAGGUCUCUGGAUGGCUCUGGGCUGGGGGCCUCCCCUUUGCCUUCCCCACAGCCUUUAAAUGUUUGCGUUCAGGGUUUGCACACUGCUGGCUCAUGGUCUGCAGAUUUGGACUCUCAGAGCAGCUGGUUAUCCAAGCCUCCCAGUACUUCCCUACACAACUCAAAUGCCUCCUCCUUUGCCGAGGGGGUCAGUUUGGAUGAAGAUGGUGCUGUUAGCAAUACAGGGAAAAAGAAAAGACAGAAGUACAGACCUAAGGACUAUAUGGUGAAAUUAGACGGACAGACUGUAGAAGACAGCACUAAACCAGUUAGGUUAAAAGACAGGAGACUAACCUUUGACCCGGUAACUGGGCAGAUUAAACCCUCCUUCCACAAGGAGUCUGGCCAGGAGGUGGAGGUCAGGCUAGGCCAUGGACCUGAUCUUCAACGGACAGAACUGCUGAAGCAGAAUCCCCCUGUUCCUCCGUGUCCCUUCCAGCAGACAAACUGGAAGGAACUGUCGAGGAAUGAAAUCAUCCAGUCGUACCUGAGCCAGCAAAGCAGUGUGCUGACGUCGUCGGGGGCGCACACCUCUGGGGCACACUUUUUCAUGAACGAGUACUUGAAACAAGAGGAUCACCGUCUCAAAGAGGCCAGGAAAACGCAUGUGCUGGCAUCAAGUGUGCCAGCCACAGACUUGCCAGGGGUUUGCAGAGAGGUCACCAAGGACGAUCUCGACCGGUUACACACAAAGCACUGGCCUGGGGUUAACGGCUGCUAUGACACCAAGGACAACUGGUAUGACUGGACAGAGUGCAUAUCCUUAGACCCACACGGAGAUGAAAGCAAGUUGAACAUACUGCCAUACGUCUGUCUGGACUGAGAAGCAAGGUCUGGUAUCCACUUGGGGAAGGCACAAGCAGUCCUGGCCUUGCAUAUUUCCAUGAGGGAGCAAGGCUGGGACGAGUGAGGGCAGGGCGUCAAAGCCUAUGCUGCUGCUUUGCACGGUCAUGCAAAAAUGGCCUGAGUUGAUGUGCUGCCUGAUCACGAAGGGGGAGUCAAUGAUCAGUGUUUCAUGUGAGGAAAACUUUGCUGCACCAUCGCUGACUUUCUGGAACAUUCUGUGAGGUGAACGUAAAGUGAAAAGGCUAUGCACAAUCUGCCAAUUCAAGAGAAGAUGUCCAAUAACUAUAUGGAAUGAGAUUAUCAGGCAGGAACAACACUAGUCCCUAUACAUGCCAUUUUUUCUGAAUGAGAGAGAACAUCACAUCAAACUGCAUGCCCGAUUUAAAAUGAAAUUCUUCCAUGCUUAUUGGUAAACACAUGCCUCAUAGAACGUGACCUUGCUGCCUAGUCAAGAUUCACACAAACACACUCAUACAUACAUCGAAUCCACCAAGCAGCAUUUUUAAAAAUUCCAGUGGUCUCCAAUGGCCUGUUUUAUUAAAACAAGGACACAUUAUCACAGUGACGCAGCUGAGCUAGCUAAUUAAACACAUUCACGAGAAGCAUCAUGUGAGAAACAACACAUCACCCUACAAAAUGCUGGAAUAAUAAAGCUACAUUGGCAUUUGCUUUUUUUUUUGUCUUGAGAAUGAGGUUUUUAGUCUUAAGAGCCUAAAUGAAGGCUUGCCUGGAGCAGCAGUUGAAAAUGACAGUAUGUGGGAGGGGGUUGGAAGAGUCUUGAAACUCUGAAGUUUUUGUUUCAAAACAGCACAUGCAGUUCUUAAAGCUCUUAAAGUUCUUAAAGCUGGAAAUCUCAGCACAAGGCCAAAGUAAUUCUUUAGCCAUUGGUAUUGAUCAACAACCCAAUCAACCCCUCCACGAAUACAUGAUGGUCAUUUAGUGCCAUGGGACAGGAAGGAAAAAACACUGUUCCAGCCACUCACUACCACUCCCCACUGUGACAUUUGCCAGAGGAAAUACUUUGCAAAUCAGUUUUGAAAUGUUAAAAUUCAGUGCCACAUGUGCACCAAAAUCAUGAGUGAACCCUAAAGGUUCAGGCAAAUGUCUUUAGGUCACAUUCUGAGAGGUUUGAAUGUUUGUGUGAGUAAAGUGACAGAGUAACAAUGCAGUUUGAGGUGACACACUCACAUGCAGAGGAAAGAAAGGCUUGUAUCUGAUCAGGCUGGAACAAUCCAAGCUGGUGACAGUACAGAAGUUUGGCUUUCAUGUAUGAAUUUAUUUAACUUUGCAUAGGAUACUCAUUUCUGAGUUCAUACUACAUUCAAGUCAUUUCUGUGUGUUACAUUUCUUAAACCUGUCAUGCAUUCAGAUUUAGUUAGAUGAUGCAGCAGCGACAUUCCAAACUCUUCCCUUGUUGACACCAACCUAACUUACACAGGGAAACUCUCCAAAAUGACACAUUUUGAUAAUGUGAAUUAACUUUUUUUUUUUUUUUUUUUUUUUAAAUGUUAUACCUGCCUUUUUCUUGUUCCUGUGUAUUAGGUUGUAAAAUAUGAAUUGAAAUGGCAAAGCAGUUUUUGAAACAAACUUGCAUCUUGGUACUGUGAGGAGGGACUGAAAAACGAAUUAACAUGCUGGAAAAUGUACUUAAUACCAUUCCUUUAGAUAUUGUUUGCCUUAUGGAAACCUGUGUUUUCCCUAAAAACAGAGCCUUAGUGAAUGUACAGAAUUUAGCCUUUUGUAUUCAGUCGAAUGCAGAAGAGAAACAUAUUUGCUACUUAGUCCUUUUAAGUGGACAUGUUGAUAUGUGUUAAUAAAAAAAUGCAGAAAUUGUGA